GUUGCGCAGGCAGAYGUGAGGAGAAGAAGAGCACGGGUGGGUUCAGAAUAGUAGCACCAACAUUUUUUGGGACAGUGUUAAACAACGAAGGUACUUAAAAAGAAAGAUGUCGUUCGCCAGUGACAAGCUUUGGGAUGGAUAUUUGCGGCGGAACAUGUCAACCAUUGUCAGCAAAGUGAAAGUGGGAGAAAUUAUGCCCCACCUGCCAUGCCUGACUACACAUGACAGGGAAAAUAUACAGGCAAAAAGAGAAACUAAUGGCAAUUAUGACGCCAUGAUGGUUCUCCUUGAGUGUCUUAGGAGAAGAGAUAAUUGGGCAGAGCAGUUCAUCGAGGGCCUGGAUGCUUGUGAGAACCCAAAACUUUCAGCUGAAAUGAGAAAAGAAUACAAUGCUCUGAGAGGUGUUAACAAUCCUGGUCCUGUUCGCGCUCCAUCAAAUGUUGUCAGGGCACAUGUUCAUCAAGCACCAGAUGCCAGUCAGCUGCCUGCUCCAGAGAGCGAAGAAAACAGUCAAGCUGCUGUGGCGCCCCCAGAAGAAACUCCUCCAGCUACUCAAGAACGAGCCGCUCUGGCCCCACCCUUUCAAACYUCUGAAUCCUCACCUGAGCCUGUCCCUGAACCUCCAGUGUCAACGGAGAAGGAAGCUCCUCUUCCAUCGACACCUCCGCCAUCCCCAGAGAUCCCACAUGCUCACGCAGCAAAGGCCCCGCAGCUGCAGGAGAUCCUGCACUUUCACCAGGAGCCAGAGGAAAACUCUGAAUCAAGUAUUCAAGUCAUCCCUGGAGACACCAGUCUAAUCCCAGACGAGGUGAAUUCAGGAAACGAAGAGGCUGCUGUCAGUGUUUCUACUCCUCCUAAACAGCGCCGUCCAGUCUCAACCAAAGGAGGAGACACUUCACCGUCUGCAGAUUAUUUCCACACAGCAGUUAGCACAAAGCUGCCACACAGCCCGGCUGCUCCUCAGAUGAGCUUAGAUGGAUCUUCUGUCCCGACGAGGACACCAGAGAAGCCCCCGGUCCAGGACACCACUCCUCCGGUCAACAAAGUACCUGCUGCUGCUCUGCUGCCAGAGGAGCCUCCUGAACCUGCAGCUACACAGAUUGUUAGGAGCAGCCCGCGGACGGGACGUGCAGCUACAGCCUCUCGUCCUGGUGGAAUGAGCGCCCCUCGCGCUGAUGAUGACUAUGAAACUGUGUGCCUGAGCAAGCCCAACCAACUCAUCAGCUUUCAACCAGAAAAUUCUGCCGGUCCCCCUGUCCAGGCGUCCAACUCGCACGUUGCGCCUUACUCCGGUAACAGUGGACGACUGGAAAUAAGCGAGUCUUUGUCCGACACGCUGAUCCCAACCUCGCUGUGCCAAGAGAACGGCACCACUCCUAAUUCGAACGAACCUGAGGAGAACCAUUAUGAAUCUCCAAAUCAGACCAUGGAGGAGGUGCUGGAGAAUGUGGUGCACGUAUCGGAGACGCCGUCGAUCCCUAACCUGGAUGGUCAAACUAUGGUACCACAAACAAACAGUGAAAGAUCUGUUAAGAGCACCUCUGAAACACCAGUAUUCACUAAUGCUGCUAAUUCUAAUCUGUCGAGUUUAAACCACCCCCACCCCCACAGCGAGAGCAACAACCCCUCUGAGCCAAAAUCGCUGCAGAGUUCAGAGGAAAAGAUUGCUCCGUGCAACAAUCCUUGUCAGUCAAGUAAUGCAAAGUACUUUCUGGUGGCUGCAGGAGUGGGUAUCUGUGCACUGCUGAUGGUAUGGAAGUUCAAAAAAUAAAAGUAUUUAUCACCUAUAAUGAAAGGGAAGCUAAUGCUUUAAGAUAACUUAACUAGGAGGUUAUGGUGCCUUAUUGUGUCAAUGUACAAAUAUGGGACAAAGCAUCACCUUAACCCAUUUGCUGUUUUUGGGUCAAAAUAAUCCCAGAAAGUUCAGUUUCUCUGUUUUAUUACUGACACCUUGAGGUCAUUUUGACUCRAGGGCAGCAGGAGGGUUAAUAAUUACUCCUAGUAACAAUUGCUCAGGCCUGUGAUCAUGCCACUGUUUCAGGAUUAGUUGCAAGGUUUUUCUGCGUUUUAUGUUUUUAUCAAUACAUAGCUUUGACCUUUCAAGACUAAUUGUAGCACAUUGAUUUUAGCUGAACCAUUUWAUGGAAAUGAGUUAAGAUUGGUUAAGGUUGUGUAUGCACUCGCUGCAAAUGUGGGGUUUUAAAGGUUACCACGACUCUGUAGUUGAGUGCUUGACUGUUUUCUUUUUGUACGAUUGAGGAUGGUAGCUGUGAGAGCAGUACGUGGAUAACUUGGACUUUGUUGAAUGUGGAUUAUAGAUGAAUAGGUUUCAGCAGCAUAUCACAUUGAAAUCAUUUUUGUUGUUGAUACUGUGGGUAAGAAGGCUAAAUUAUGGCUAGUGUCUUUUAUAUUUAUUUGUACAUAGACCUACGUAUUAUUAAAAAACUGAAUUAAAAUAGCUCAAAGCACAAUUGACAUCCUAAAUCACUGAAAUAGAUAAACACUGUAAUGGCCACAUAUUACCUUGCUGUACACCAUGUCAUCAGUCCAAAAGUGCAUAAAAUAGGCUUAUUUUAUUGGCAAAAUGCCAACCCAGAGCAGUACAGUGUUGAAAUCAUUCUGGACCAGUGCAUAACUACACUUUAAGUACUUCACAUUAUCUACUUAGUCUGACCAGAUAUGCUCGACUAAGUUUAGUUUUUUUCCCCUCUGAUACUCGUGGUUUGCUGCCACGUCAGUAGUAACCAAGAGCACUAGUAGCACCUACCAAGAUGGUGGCAGAAAGCUUGCCUCUUUAGCAUAGACUGAUUGGUCAUACCAAUGUUUUUCUGUUUUUGUGCCCUGACUUUUAAGCAAUCGAAGAAUCAAGUAAACCCUGAAAAAGUCAGUUUAAUUUUUCUCAAGAUUUUUUGGCCAUAAUUGACUGUGAUGUUUGUAACUCUUCGUGCCAUUGGCUGAUUCAGUUUAGACAUUUGACAAUGACUUCUAACAGUUUGUGAAAUGCAACAAAAUAUAAAAAUGUCUAUUAUACAAACAUUUUAAAUGUAUAAACUGCACAUUAUGCUAACAUCUUGCCUUAAAGCCAUUUUGAUCUGCCUGCUCAUUAUGUACUUCUGUCUGGUAUUUAGUGCAUUUUAUUUUACUUUAUUGUUUUUUUUUUUUUGCCAGAUUAUUAUUCAGUUGAUUUUCUUUUCAUUUGUCCUGUUAUUAAGGUGUUAGUUUUCUUAAGUGUAAAAACAACUUGUUGACACAAGGAAUGCUCUGAAUAAGAUUCGUGAUAAACAUUUUUCACAUGUACAAGCACAAAUGAGCUGUGAUAAAAUGUAUUAAUCAUGGGAAUUCAGUUUUAUCCGUCUUUAACUAUGCACUUCAACAUUACCAUAAAUAAAAAUAAGAUUUUAAAAAUUUAUUUGUGUGAGUGUUCAGAAAAUUUCACAGAUGUCUUUAAAUUUGGCGUGGUAGUAACUGAGAGUCACAACACAUACUGUAUGCUUUAUUGCAAAUAUGUGAAGUUUUUCUGUUAUUUCAAAUUAAAAUGUACGUUGCAAAAUAAGCAAUGAAUUUAAUACAAA